UCCCCCCUUCCCUCCCUCCCUGCUGAUGGCUUUUCCAGAGGCCGGGAGGAGGGGCUGUCUGGGCCGCUCUUGCCCCAUGAGCUCAGGCCCCGCUGACUCAGCCGCUCCCCAUUAGCACAUAUUUUCCGCGGGGCGGCCCGCCCGCUCCCCAGCUGGCUCCGGGGCAUCCCGGGUCAGCCCAGGGUGUCUGGCACGUGGCUGCCUGCCGGGGAGGCCCUGCGGAGGGAGGGAGGGAGGUCCACUGAGGCAGGGCCCGGGCAUCCUCCGCCUCCGGCCCCCCCAUUCCCCCACGCUUCGUCCCGCUGCCUCCUUCCUCUGCUUGCCUCUUCCUGGUGCUGCCCCUCCUCCUCCUCCUCCGCUGGCUCCUCGGGGCUCGCUCUGCCGACAUGAGGGUCGUGGCCUGCCUCCUGGCGGUUCUGAUGGGGAUCCAGGCUGUGGAACGGCUGCGCCUGGCAGGGGGCCCCCACGGCUGCGCCGGGCGGCUGGAGGUGCGGCACGGCGGCCGCUGGGGGACGGUGUGCGACGACGGCUGGGACCUGCGGGACGCGGCCGUGGCCUGCCGGGAGCUGGGCUGCGGGGGGGCCCUGGCGGCCCCCGCGGGGGCCUUCUUCGGGGAGGGGGCCGGCCCGGUCUGGCUCAGCGAGCUGGCCUGUCGGGGGUCCGAGAGCCGGCUGAGCCUGUGUCCGCACCGGGGCUGGAAGGCCCACAUCUGCUCCCACGAGGAGGACGCCGGCCUCGUCUGUGUAGGUCAGCGGGCAGCCAAUCCGAGGCCAGGUUCAACUGAGGCCCUGGAGCCGGUGCUGGGGUCCGAGCCCUCCCCGACACCCCCAGGUGAGGCCCCGGGAUCCCCCCCCCAGAGCCACGCAGAGCCCAGCGCUGACCUCCCCCCUCCCCAAGCCGGGGACCCUGCGAGCAGCCCCAAGGCCCUCCGGCCCCCCAAGAGGCCCAAGUCCACCGGGGCCCCCCUGUUGACUUCCGGAGCUCCCCGACAGGAGCGGCUGCGCCUGGCGGGGGGCCCCCAUGGCUGCGCCGGGCGGCUGGAGGUGCGGCACGGCGGCCGCUGGGGGACGGUGUGCGACGACGGCUGGGACCUGCGGGACGCGGCCGUGGCCUGCCGGGAGCUGGGCUGCGGGGGGGCCCUGGCGGCCCCCGGAGGGGCCCGCUUCGGGGAGGGGUCCGGCCCCGUCUGGAUGGACGACGUGGGCUGCGGGGGCAGCGAGCGGGCCCUGCAGGACUGUCCGCGGAGCCCCUGGGGACGCAGCAACUGCGACCACACCGAGGACGCCGGUCUGGUGUGCGAGGGCCCGGCCCCCCGCCUGCGCCUGGCGGGGGGCCCCCACGGCUGCGCCGGGCGGCUGGAGGUGCGGCACGGCGGCCGCUGGGGGACGGUGUGCGACGACGGCUGGGACCUGCGGGACGCGGCCGUGGCCUGCCGGGAGCUGGGCUGCGGGGGCGCCCUGGCGGCCCCCGGAGGGGCCUUCUUCGGGGAGGGGGCCGGGCCCAUCCUCCUGGACGACCUGCGGUGCCGCGGCAACGAGACAUCCCUGCGGCUCUGCCCGGCCCGGCCCUGGGGCCAACACGACUGCCACCACCGCGAGGACGCGGCGGCCGUGUGCGACGGUGUGCCUCUGGGGCUGCCUCUGGCAGGAGGCACAGACGGGGCUCCGGACACCGAGGCCCCCACGGAGGGGCUCCCUUCGGCCUCUGCCACAACCACGCCAGAAACGGGCCUCGAGGAGGGGGCCCCCCACCUUCGCCUGGUAUCCGGGCCGGGGCCGUGCGCCGGGAGGCUAGAGGUGCAGCACGGCGGGCGCUGGGGGACUGUGUGCGACGACGGCUGGGACGCGCGAGAUGCCACUGUGGUCUGCCGAGAGCUGGGCUGCGGCGCCCCCCGGGAGCCGGGCCCCGCCGCCGGCCGCUUCGGCUGGGGCGAGGGCCCCAUCUGGCUGGACGACGUGGCCUGCACGGGGGCUGAGGCCCGGCUGGCCGACUGCCCCGCGGCUCCCUGGGGGAAACACGACUGCGCCCAUAACGAGGAUGUGGGGGUCGCCUGCGCAGGCCCAGACUUCUUCAGCCACAGCUGGACCCCAGCGCCACGAGGGGACGGCCAGGGCCGGCCCGUCCGGAGGUGGACCACUGAGGAUCCUGGAGCCGCCCAGACGACGGCCAGCAGCCCCGAGUCACUGGCAAGGACUCCUCAUCCCUCCAAAAAGGGGCCUUCAAAGAGGCCGCGGAAACCAACCAUGCGGCCACCCGGCCAGACAACCACUAAGGCCCCGAGGAGGCAGACCACGCGGGCUCCCCGAGGCCAGACCGCCCGGGCCCCCCCCAAACCCACCACGCAGGCCCCCCGAGGCCAGACCUCCCGGGCCCCCCCCAAACCCACCACGCAGGCCCCCCGAGGCCAGACCUCCCGGGCCCCCCCCAAAUCUACCACGCAGACCUCCCGGGCCCCCCCCAAACCCACCAUGCAGACCUCCCGGGCCCCCCCCAAACCCACCACGCAGGCCCCCCGAGGCCAGACCUCCCGGGCCCCCCCCAAACCCACCACGCAGACCUCCCGGGCCCCCCCCCAACCCACCACGCAGGCCCCCCGAGGCCAGACCUCCCAGGAUGCACCGCUGCUGACCACUCACUCCUCUGUGGCUUCUUCGGCUGGCCCCGAGCUGGCCACUGAGCCGGCACAGAGACGCCCUUCCCGGCUCCCCCCGAGCUCUCAGGGCCCUGGAGCAGCGACCCGAGUGGACGGGGGCCAGCGUUCCCCGGCCGCUCCCCCAGAGCCAGGCCCUUCCACCCCCGGGGCCGAGAGCGGCACGGCCGGAGACUCGUCCUCCCCCCGGACGUGGCCGGGCCCGGGGGAGCCAGGCGUCUUUCGGCUGCGCCUCUCGGACGGGCCCGAUCGGUGCGCCGGGCGGCUGGAGGUGCGGCGCGGCGGCGUCUGGGGGACGGUGUGUGACGACGGCUGGGAUCCCCGCGACGCCGCCGUGGCCUGCCGCGAGCUCGGCUGCGGCGGGAUCCGGCCCCGCGUGGGCAAGACCUACUACGGCUCCGGGACGGGCCCCAUCUGGCUGGACGACGUGGGCUGCGCCGGCAUCGAGGCCUCCCUGCGGGACUGCCCGGCCUCCCCCUGGGGCGCCCACAACUGCGACCACCAGGAAGACGUGGGGCUCACCUGUACAGGAGACACGGACCAGGGCGGCGAGCUCCCCUGGGCCUGGGACGCCGGCUCUCGGGGCGACACGGGCGACCUCGUCUCCCAGGCCCCCGGGGGCCCCGGGCGUCCAGAUUUCCCCAGCGGAUCAUGGCCCAUCGAGCCUACGGAAGCCCCCAAGGAGACCCCCAGGCCAGAUCUCCAGAUGGCCACUGCUGGCAGCCCAAGGCUGACCUCCACCCCCGGCCCAGGGGUGACCUCCGCCCCCGGCCCAGGGAUGACCUCUGCCCCUGGCCCAGGGAUGACCUCUGCCCCUGGCCCAGGGAUGACCUCUGCCCCCGGCUCAGGGAUGACCUCCACCCCCGACCCAAGGAUGACCUCCGCCCCCGGCCCAGAGAUGAUCUCUGACCCCGGCCCACGGCUGACCUCCGCCCCCGGCCCAGGGGUGACCUCCGCCCCCGGCCCAGGGGUGACCUCUGUCCCUGGCCCAGAGAUGAUCUCUGACCCCGGCCCAGGGGUGACCUCUGCCCCCGGCCCAGGGAUGAUCUCUGACCCUGGCCCAGAGAUGAUCUCUGACCCCGGCCCAGGGAUGAUCUCUGACCCCGGCCUAAGGUUGACCUCUGCCCCCGGCCCCCGGCUGACCUCUGCCCCCGGCCCAGAGAUGAUCUCUGACCCAGGCCCAGGGGUGACCUCCGCCCCUGGCCCAAGGCUGACCUCUACCCCUGGCCCACGGCUGACCUCUGCCCCCAACCCAAGGUUGACCUCUGCCCCUGGCCCACGGCUGACCUCUGCCCCCGGCCCAGGGAUGAUCUCUGACCCCGGCCCAGGGGUGACCUCUGCCCCCGGCCCAGAGAUGACCUCUGCCCCUGGCCCAGGGAUGAUCUCUGCCCCCGGCUCAGGGAUGACCUCUGCCCCCGACCCAGAGGUGACCUCUGCCCCUGGCCCACGGCUGACCUCUACCCCUGGCCCAGGGAUGAUCUCUGCCCCUGGCCCACGGCUGACCUCUGUCCCUGGCCCAGGGAUGACCUCUGCCCCUGGCCCAUGGCUGACCUCUGCCCCUGGCCCAGGGAUGACCUCUGCCCCCGGCCCAGAGGUGACCUCUGCCCCUGGCCCAGAGAUGACCUCUGCCCCCGGCCCAGGGAUGACCUCUGCCCCUGGCCCACGGCUGACCUCUGCCCCUGGCCCACGGCUGACCUCUGCCCCUAGCCCAGGGGUGAUCUCUGACCCCAGCCUAGGGAUGACCUCUGACCCUGGGCCAGGGAUGAUCUCUGACCCCAGCCUAGGGAUGACCACUGCUCAUGAUCCAGGGCUGACCUCUGUCCCUGACCCAAGGCUGACCUCUGCCCCCAACCCAGGGAUGACCUCUGUCCCCAGCCAAAGGCUGACCUCUGACCCCAGCCUAGGGAUGACCACUGCUCUCAGCCCAGAGAUGACCACUGCUCCCACCCCAAAGCUGACCUCUGCAUCUAGCAUGCAGUUGACCUCUGAUAUCAGACUGCUUCUGACCACUGAUCCCAGCCCACAGCUGACCCCUGACUCAGACAAAGAGCAGACUCUUGCCCUCGGCUCACAGCUGACCCGCGACUCUAGCCCUUGGCUGACCUCUGACCCCAGCCCACGGCUGACCCCUCGGCUAACCCCCGACUCCUCCCCAGUGUCAGCAGGGACCUUUGACCCUGACCUGCAGUUCAUUGGGGCUCCCACCCCUCAGCUGACCUCUGACCCUAAGGGAGAGCUCACCCCCUCCUCCACCCCACGGCCAACGCCUGAUGCCACCCAACCACCGACCCCUGAGCCCAGCCCGCCGGUAACUCCGCGUGCUCUCCCACGACUUAGCCCUGAGCUCCCUCCCGGCUCCCAGGAGCCCACGGCAAGCCCCGCGGCCCCCCGGCUGAGCCCCGCCUGGCCCGUCACCACAGAGCUGGCCCCAGAGCUCCGUCCGACCUUCCAGGAGGCCAGAGUCCCCGCGGCCGGCCCGGGGACUCCAUCCCCGCAGACCCCCUCAGGGGGCAGCUCCGGUUCUUCCGUGGCCCCGGACGGACGCACGGCCGGUCCGUCCCGAGCUUCCGGAGGGUCCUCGGGCACAGCCGGAGCCUCCCCCCUCCCGGGGUCCUCGCAGGCCCCCUCCCCAAGCCCCGGGCCCACCCGCACCCCCAUCCCCGGAGGUCCGAGCGCCCCGCGGACCUCGGGGGCCGCCGUCGUCCCGGAGGAGGGUCCCGGCUGCGCCUUCCCCCAGCGCCCUCCCCCAGCUGGCUCUGGCGGGGCCGCCGGAGCUCCCUCGCCGGGUCCCGGUGACGCGGAGCCCGGCCGGUGUGCAGCGGUCACUCCGGCCGGCCCGACCGUCCUUCGGGUCAUGGCCUGUGAGCCCCCGGCCCUGUGGGAGCUGGUGGGGGCCGUGAAGGAUGUGGGCCGGCAGCUGCGGGUUCUGACCCAGGCGGUCCAGCAGAACCGGGACGAGAGGAGGGCCGCGGCCCUGGAGCUGGGGCGGCUGGCAGAGGCCGUGAGGGGCCUCGGCGAUCUGGGCCGGGCCCUGAGAGGGCUGGUGCAGGCUUCGAGGGGCCCCCCGGGGGAGGGGGAGGAGGAGGAGGAGGAGGAGGAGGAGGAGGAGGAGGAGGGGGGACCCCGGAGAGGCGAUGUGUGAGCUCUGCCCGGGGUGAACAAAGACCAGCUGA